CUUUAGAUAAGCAAACGAGCCUGCAGUCUGCCCCUUUCCGAGUGGCUAAAUCCAGGCCUUCCUCAAAAGGAUGGGAGGUGCUUGAAAAAGACUCCAAUAGACUUUCUCAAAAGUUCCCCAGCUUGUGAAUGGAACUUUUCCUAUGAGCGUUACGGGACAGCUGGUCCCUGCUGUACCGCGCACAAACAUGACUGAUAGGUUGUUAGAUCCGAAGAUGACUUAAGCUAUGGACUAUAUUUUGGGGACAGAUCUGGAUAGGACAACUCAACUGAGAUCUUAAAAUGGGAUACUGACUGUCUAAAGACAUUUUUACCUCUGCAGUGACCGAUUUUUGGAACAAUCCAUGGUCAGUGCUGCGCCACAAUGAGAGACCGCUUAAAAGAGCUACUGGAGAGGACUCUGGAGUUUUCUGAAGGAGGCAGUUUGAGUUCUAACCUCCAUUCUGAGGAGGACGACGAUACGAACAAUUCUGUGACUGUCGGGGUCAUAAUCCCAGAGGCUAUACUGUUUGAGCAGGAGCCAGUCAUUGACAAUUUCCUGUUGGAGGUUCAACAAAUCCGAAAUGAUAUCAUCACGCUGGAGAUCGAGGUCCUAAAAUUCAACCAACAGCAGAAGAUAUUGGUGGCAGCCAUGCGACGUUUUAGUAUAAUGAAAAAAGAGAGCAGCAUUACAAAGGACAUCAAGCUCCAAGCUGAGAGCCUCCAACGGCGUCUGGACAAGCUUUCGAAACAAGUGCAAAAAGCUGAAGAGCAGCAUGGUCCUACUGCCGUUGCAACAAGAAUACAACGCUGCCAGCAGACCGACAUUUAUUGUAAAUUCCAGCAGGUAAUGCGGCAGUAUAAUGAAGGACUGUUGACCAAGCAGGAGCACUGUAAGCAUUUCAUUAUCCGGCAGCUGGAAGUCUCAGGAAGGGAUGUGACGGAAGCGGAGGUGAACGAGAUGGUUGCCACAGGAAAGUGGGAAGUCUUCAAUGAGAAUCUGUUAAACGACGUCAGAAUCACUCAUUCCCAACUGUCUGAGAUUGAACAGCGGCAUAAGGAGCUGUUGAGCCUCGAAAGCAACAUGAAUGAGCUGAGGGACCUCUUCAUGGACGUUUUCAUGCUCGUGGAAGAACAAGGGACCCAAAUUGAGCAUAUACAGACAAAUGUAGAGAGGACCCAGGAUUAUGUGGCAGCUUCUAAUGAGAAGUUCAAGUUGGCCGCCAGGUACAAAAAAAAGAACCCUCUUCGUCAGAUCUGCUGCUGUUGCUGCCCUCCCUGGAAAUGCUGUUUUUGAACUCCAACGGAUCGGAAUCCAGCGGCCGGUAUUCUAAGCAUCUAUCUCCCUUACCUGUUGGGAGUAAACAACGCUGGAAUCGAGUGCCAUUAAAGUGAAGGUUACGGUACUGCAGUUCUUGCUGUUGAACACAGCGACGGGGAAGACGGCUUCAGCAGAGCAUAGAAAACAAUUAAGGGGGAGGCCAGGAAUUGAUAUUUGAGGCACUUAUUUCUUUGAAGAGGAUGUGAAGCGACUGCUAUUGGAAGAGACAGCUCACUGAGUGGUCUUCACCAAGAUGGCUGUUUAUUGGAGACCUUCACUGUCAUCUGAAAGAGGUCACAAACAUAAAUUGAAAAAAAUCAAUAUUUGAAAAAAUUAGACAUGUAGACACAUUUUCCAGAAUAAAUUAUUUUUAAAUUUAA